AACCAUCUCCCUCUCUCUCUCUCUCUCAUCGAUUCAAAUCGCCACCUUCUCUCUCUCUCUCUCUCUCUCUCUCUCUCCCCACUCCAAACUUUCAGAUCUCAAAGUUCCCAUUUUUAUCCCAAGCACCCAUCACCGCCGCCUCCCGAGAGAGAGAGAUAUUCUGACUCAGAUGCCACGCAUGAGAUGAAGACGACGACAGCCGCCGCCGCCGCCUUCUUCUUCGUCGUCUCCUCCUGCUCCUUCGCCCUCCUCUACGCCGCUGCCGCCCCCCAUGGAGCCGCCACCCCCCGCCACCUCCUCCGCUACCUCGACGAGUUGGGUGACCGAGGCGAGAGCGUCGCCGUCGACCCGUCCAUCUCCUUCGAGAACCCCCGCCUCCGCAACGCCUACGUCGCCCUCCAGGCCCUGAAGCAGGCCAUCGUCUCCGACCCCAACAACUUCACCGCCAACUGGGUCGGCCCCUCCGUCUGCUCCUACUCCGGCGUCUUCUGCGCCUCCGCCCCCGACGACCCCAGCGUCCGCACCGUCGCCGGCAUCGACCUCAACCACGGCGACAUCGCCGGGUACCUCCCGAAGGAGCUCGGCCUGCUCGCCGACCUCGCCCUCUUCCACCUCAACUCGAACCGCUUCUGCGGCAGCGUGCCGCACGAGCUCCGGAGCUUGAAGCGGCUCUUCGAGCUGGAUCUGAGCAACAACCGGUUCGCCGGGAAGUUCCCGACGGUCGUCCUGGAGCUCCCAGCGCUCAAGUUCUUGGACCUCCGGUUCAACGAGUUCGAAGGGUCGGUCCCGAGAGAGCUCUUCGACAAAGAUCUGGACGCCAUUUUCAUCAACGACAACCGGUUCCGGUUCAACCUGCCGGACAAUCUCGGCCACUCGCCGGUGUCGGUCGUCGUCCUGGCGAACAAUGAGUUCGGCGGGUGCCUCCCCGAGAGCAUCGUCGAGAUGAAGAACUUGAACGAGGUCAUACUCAUGAACAACGGGUUCAGAUCUUGCUUGCCGUCACAGUUGGGGAGGCUCAAGAACGUGACGGUCUUCGACGUUAGCGUCAACCAGUUGGCGGGUCCGUUGCCGGAGAGUGUGGGCCAGAUGGUGAGCUUGGAGCAGUUGAAUGUGGCUCACAAUAGGCUGUCCGGGAAGAUUCCGGCGAGUGUUUGUGGCUUGCCGAAGUUGCAGAACUUCACGUUCUCGGACAACUUCUUCACCGGAGAGCCGCCGGCUUGCCUGCGACUGCCGGCGGUGGAUGACCGGAUGAACUGCUUGGCUGAGAGGCCGGCACAGAGGUCGCCGGUUCAGUGUAGGGCGUUCUUGUCCACACCUGUGGAUUGCAGUGCUUUCGGAUGCUCGCGUUCCACCGCCCCUUCUCAUUCGCCGCCGUCCAUACCAGUCGUCUCUCCGCCGCGGCCGGUGGCGCCACCUAUUGGCUCCCCUAGUGGCGCUCCAUUGCCAGUGCCAGUAGCCCCGACUUUACCGCCGGUUGGAGAGCCAGCGGCGCACAGUCCUUCCACUUCGCCAUCCGCUAGCUCUCCAUCGCCAUCACCUCUGUCAUCACCGCCGCAGCCGGUGGACCCGCCUGGUAGCUCUUCAACGCCAUCACCUUUGACACCUCCCUCGUCCCCUGUUGGCACGCCGACCGUGCCGAGGACACCGCCUGUCCACUCGCAUCCACCGCCUUCUGGAUCUACAUUGCCACCUCCGCCAGUUUCUUCCCCACUCCUGCCGUCGCCGCCCGUUUACUCAACGCCUCCACCCCCGGUUUACUCACCUCCGCCGCCUCCACCGCCGCCAUACUCUCCACCCAUCCAUUACUCCCAUAACUCCCCACCGCCACCAUCUCCACCGGCAUCUCUACAUUCUCCUCCACCGCCUCAUGUAGAACACGCACCACCAUUGUCGCCACCGUCGCCAUCCACCCAUUAUUCGCCACAGCCACCCGCGCACUCAUAUCCCUCUCCUCCUGCCCACCAUCAUGAGUCACCGCCGCCACAAGUUCACGAACACUCGCCCCCUCCUCCAGAAAUUCCAUGUGAACAGCCGCCGCCUCCGCCAUCCCCGCCACCCCCGGCCCCCGCAUUCAAGGGGCCAAUGCCACCAAUUACUUCAGUCCCAUACGCUUCUCCUCCACCACCACCUUUCUAUUAAUUCUUUUUGAGAAUUUGUUUUUUUGCCCCCUCUCCAACCUCCUCUGUCAAGUUUGCACCGAUCACGUGCAGAGUUAGAAUGUGCGCUUGUAAUUUCUCUGAAAAUCUGUCGACGACAAAACUGUUGUUCAAAGCAAAAGAGGGAAAGAGGAGAGAGUCUCUACAAUCUAUUUAUUUUUAUUUUAUUUUAUUUUGGGAAUAUUAUUUCUGAGUUUGUGAAAUAAAUUUGAAGAAGAGUAGAGCGCCAUCUAAGGAUGUAGGAUUGUAUUAUGUAUAUGGGUCAUCAUUAAGGGGAUCAAUCUCUCUAAUCAGGGUCGCUACCUGCUGUUUGAAUCG